AUGCCGGCCGCUGAGUUUCAGCAUUCGAGCAUGGGGAGUGAUGUAGGUACUCUGACUUCUGAAACAAAUGAAGAGCCCGCACCUGACAAAGUUUUAGCUCAUGUCACCAAGCACUCUUCCCUACAGCCUGGGGAGCUACAACGUGUCAUGUCAGACAAGUUAGCUUUGGUUCCUGCAACCAAACAUCGCAAAGGCAAACAAGAAGCCAAAAAUCACGAGAUCGUCAUAGAUGGGGUACGGUACAAAGCAUGUGCAACACCUAUUACCUACUCCGUCCUCCGUGUUAGCACUCGCAAGAAUUUGGCUCUAGUUGAUCGAGGUGCAAAUGGUGGAAUCGCAGGUGAUGAUGUCCGCAUCAUUGUCAAAACCAACCGUUCUGUUGAUGUGCAAGGCAUUGACAACCAUCAAGUGACCAAUGUUACAAUUGCCACUUGUGCCGGCCUCACCAUGACUCAGCGCGGUCCUGCUAUUGUAAUCAUGAACCAGUUUGCUCACAUUGGAAAGGGACAGUCCAUCCUUUCCAGUGCUCAGAUGGAACACUUUGGAAUUCAAGUUGAUGACAAAUCGUCAAAAGUUGGAGGCAAGCAACAGAUCUCCACCCCUGAUGGUUUUGUCAUCCCACUUGACAUCAAGAAUGGACUUCCGUACCUACGUAUGCGCCCUCCAACAGACCGUGAGCUGAGCAACCCGGACAUUCCCCAUGUCGUGCUCACUUCUGAUGUUGAUUGGGACCCUAGUGUUUUGGAUGUUACCAUUGAUGUGGAUGAAUGGGCCAAGUCUAUACCAGACAAUGGGUCUGAAGAAGGUGAAAGGCCAUUCGAUAGAGUAGGCACCCUCAAGAGCAAUACAACAGUCACUACAUUGAGGGAUUCUCCUGCUCUGGAUGAUGCCAUUGAUUUCUUUGAAUCCCACCACUGUGUCAUGCCGACAGAUGGUUUGUAUGAAGUGCAUCCCCGACAAGCUUCAGAUCUUGAUUGGUUUGAGUGCAACAUGGCUGAGCUAUUUGAUUUAGACCCCACCUAUGUGACACCAAUCAUACCUCCAGAGUUUGAAGUUUACGAGUCCCGUCGACGGCCAUCUGUUCUCUUUGUACCUGAGGCACCUACCGACUUUGACAUUGAGUCUACUCCACUGCGAGACAAGGUUAUAGACUCUUCUCACAAGUCUUCAUGCCCCGAACCCCGACACAGCUCGCGCCGCAAGACACAUUCUGAGGAUGGGAGAUGGAAUUCAAAGGACAAAUGGGAACAACCAGGCCCGCCACCACGUGACCCACAUACCUAUGAGUCGGUCCCUGUAGUGGAACCUGUCUACAAGAACCCAAGCUCAGCAGUAAAAUCAUGUGAACGUGACUGGGAACGCCUUCGCAGGUACUUUGCUUGGCUACCCAAGCUGGUUAUUCAGAAAACAUUUGACUGUACCACUCAACUAGCACGAAUACCUAUGAGUGCACACCUACAGCGUCAUUACUGUUCUCCAUUCCCAGCACUCAAUGUCAACCGCUGUAGUGAAGGAGUUGCUACAGAUACUGUCUAUGCUGACACACCCGACAUUGAACAUGGUCAUGUAGCUGCACAAUUCUAUGUGGGGAUCUCCUCUCUUGUCAGUGAUGUAUAUGGUGUCAAUACCGA